CAAAAGAUGGUGGAUGACAACAUACUUAAAUUGGAGAUCAAGCGGCUGCGGGACAUGUUGUACACCAAAGCUGAUGAUGUGUUCACAUUGGAGAAGAGAAGACUGCAGUUGGAAACUGCGAUGAAGGAGCGUCGUGGUGAGAUAGACAUCCACACAGAGAUGUUGACAGCACAGGUGAGAGCGGCAGAUGAGGAGAGGUCACAGAUCAGUGCAGAACUCCACGACAGGAUAGCCAAGAUUGACAAACUUAGGAAAAGAUAUGAGAUCCUGAUGGUACAGAUGGCGCCACCAGAGGGGGAAGAAGAGAAAUCCCAGGCAUACUACGUGAUUCGAGCUGCCCAAGAGAAGGAAGAGCUCCAGCGUACAGGUGACGACCUAGACGCCAGGAUCAGGAAGGCUGAGAAAGAGAUCCAAGCCCUGGAGAAUACGCUCAGGCUGAUGAAUGGGAGGAAUGAACAGUACAGAAAGAGCUUUAAUAAAGUCACAGAUUCCAGUGAUGACAUGGAAGAGAAGGCACAGCUGGAAGAACAGAUGAGGGCUGUCAUGGAUAAAUACAAAUACAAGCGUAGGCAGAUCAGAGAGCUUCAGGAAGAUUUACAGACCAUGAGCCACAACCUGGACACUCUGACCAGGGACGAGGACGCCUACAUCGAGAUGAUCCAGGACAAGCAGAACAAGAUCCUCCAGUUGAACAAGGAGAUGGACGAACAGCAGGGUAAACUGGACAGAGUCAUGAAACAGAAUGUAAGAUACGCCAGGGAAAUAAGAUCUGCUAAGAAGAGCAAGGGAGAAGUCCCAGAUGAGAAAGACAUGGACAUCCGUGAGAUGCGGGAGUUCAACAAGAUGGCGAUGAAGCAGGUGGGGGAGGUGACGUCUCCGUAUCCAGACCUGGCACAGGCGGUCAACCUCUACUUCACACAGGCCAAUCUUCCCCCACCUCCAGCUGGUGGUAUGGGCAGUCCAUUUGGUUCCCGCCCGUCCAGUGCCAGAAGUAGCCUGUCCUCUGUCCGCAGUGGCUACUCCACCCCCAAGUCUCCAGCCUCCCAGACGUCCAGCCAGGGAAGACCAGCUGCAGUGGACAUUGGGGCAGGACUGGCCAUUGGAGGUGUAGGCGGUAGUCCAGCAAGUUCAAGAGCAUCUUCAAGAAGCAGUCGUAGCAGCAGACGAUAACCUUGGCAACUCUUAUACACGGGAUAUUCACCAUUUUCACACGACUUUGAAUGUGCGUAGUCAGUCUUGGUUGGG